CGCGCCAGGCCCCAGGCAGCGCAAAGAUUUUGCUCGGCGCUGGAGGCCGCAAGAUGACGAGAUGUACAACUGCGACGCUCAGCGCGUCUGCCACUCUGCUCAUCCUGUCCACCGGCGUCGCCUCGCACGCCGUCCGGACGACUGCGCGCUCGCCAGGCGUGACAGCGGUGCGGGGAGCAGCGCUGCGACCGGCAUAUGCGCCUCCUUUGCAACGAGCGGCGCGGGUACCGUGUCCGCCGCGCAUGGCGAGUGAGUCAGCUGGUGAGUCGCCGGUGGCGCGCGCGCGCGCGUGGUUUGGCAAGUGGAUGAAGUUCGACCGCGCUUCGCUGAGCAAGCUCGGCGUGACGGUGUCGGUCGCCUGGUUCACCUUUUGCCAGUCAACGGGCCUCUCGCCGCUGGCGCCUGGGCAGUGGUCCAAGUUCCUCGCCGUGUACGCCGGCAUUUACCUCACCUUCGGCACCAUCACCCGCCCCUUCCGCAUGGCCUUCUCCGUCGGCGUCACGCCGCUGUUUGGGCAAACACCGCCGCGAGAUGCCGCCGAGAUGCCGCCGAGUGCAGCCGAGGUUACGGCGGAGAGGGCGUCCCUCCCCUUCGGCGAGACGCGGCCGAAGCUGAAUCGCACGCUGGCCAUCCUCCUCUUCUCCGUCUUUGGAAACACCUUCUGCACGCUCGCCCUCAUCGCGGCCGGAGUGUGGGUCGCUGGACUCCUCGCCGGGGUGCCUGCGUUGCCGCCGGGCGCUCGGCCGCAGAGGCUGGGCCGCGGGACUGUCGGCGAGUGGGUAGACCCUCGAGAGGCUGUCCCCCUGUACGCUGUAGCUCGAGCUUAG